AUGUUAUUGUAUUGUGUAAGAAUGAUUAAUCUAAUUUUUAUUCAAUUUAUUCUUUUAAAAAGUGCUACAAUUACAGUUUAUUGUUUACAAAAACAAUAUUUAAAAGAUAUUAAUUCUCACCAUAUGUAUCGAAUUCGUUUGCGUAUUGAUAGUACACGAGAAGAUUUUUUAGAAUGGAAUAAAAAAUUUGAUAAAUUUUUACAAAUAUCGUUUAAACAACCAUAUUCGUUUGGUUCACCGUUGAAAUAUUGUCCCGAAGUUUUAGUAUUUAUUAUACCGAAUCGGACACAAAUAAGUGGUGUAUUAAUGGCUCAAUAUCGUGAUAAGAACAAAAAUUUGGAUGAUAAUUUUUAUAUAUGUUUUCUCUCUGUAUUGCCAGAAUACCGAAAAUUUGGCUUAGCUUCGACAUUGUUAAAUGCUAUUAUUCAAGAAGCCUAUGAUACUGAUGUUCAAAAAGUUUCGUUAAAUGUGAAUAUUAAAAAUGGUGAAGCAUUGCGUUUAUAUAGAAAAUGUGGAUUUCUUUGUUCAAAAUAUGAAUCAAAUUUUUAUCCACCAUCACAGUAUGAUGAGUCGGAUGCAUAUUAUAUGACGUUGUUAACGAAAUAUAUUAGAGUACCAUCUUUAGUUUGUAAAACAACGCAAGCACUCGUUAUACCAACCGAAAUGAAAACAGCUUCAACUGCUGUUUGUGUAAAAAGAACAGUGGUGACGAUCAACAAAUUCCAUUAG